AUAUAUAUGCGCACAGUAAUUAUCAAUAUCCAUAGAGAGGCAUAAAAUAGAAAGAUCGAGAAUUUAUAUUCAGAAAUGGCGGUGGAGGACGAUGUAUCUUCGAUGAGAACGACGACGUUAGUGGCUCCAACAAGACCCACGAUUACAGUUCCACAGAGACCACCGGCGAUCGAAACGGCGGCGUAUUUCUUCGGCGGUGGAGACGGGCUUAGCCUGAGCCCAGGCCCACUUUCGUUUGUCUCGUCUUUGUUCGUUGAUAACUUCCCUGACGUCUUGACGCCGGAUAACCAAAGGACGACAUCGUUUUCUCAGCUUCUCGCCGGAGCUAUGUCGGUGUCUCCCGGCAGAGGCGGAGGACGUUCUACGGCGGGGAUGUUCACCGGAGGAGGUCCGAUGUUUACAAUCCCUUCUGGUUUCAGCCCUUCUAGUCUUCUCACCUCUCCCACGUUCUUUCCUCCUCAGUCAACAGCUCAGACCGGCUUUGUCCAAGCGCAACCGCAACGACCAGACAGAUAUCCACACGAAAUGCGGCCAUCGACAUCCACCACCGCCGUGCAUGGCGGUCAAUCUUUGGAAGUAACGCAAGCCGAUCAGAGAGCUAGAAACCAUUACAGUAAUCAUGCGGGGAAUAGUUAUAACAAUAAUAACCGGUCGUCGUAUAACGUGGUGAACGUUGACAAACCGGCGGAUGAUGGUUAUAAUUGGAGGAAGUACGGACAAAAGCCGAUCAAAGGGUGUGAAUAUCCGAGGAGUUAUUACAAAUGCACUCAUGUUAAUUGUCCGGUUAAGAAGAAAGUUGAACGGUCUUCGGAUGGACAGAUCACUCAGAUCAUUUACAAAGGUCAACAUGAUCACGAGAGGCCUCAGAACCGCCGCGGUGGCGGUGGAGUCAGAGAUUCCGGCGAAAUUGGUGAUGUUCAUUACAUUGGUGGUGCAGGGCAGAUGAUGGUGGAGUCUAGUGAUGAUAGUGGUUAUGCCAAGAAUCAUCAUGAUGAUGAUGAUUAUGAUGAAGAUCUCCCGGCUUCAAAGAUAAGAAAAAUCGACGGUGUGUCGACGACUCAUAGGACGGUGACUGAGCCGAAGAUCAUCGUUCAAACAAGAAGUGAAGUCGAUCUUCUCGACGAUGGCUAUAGAUGGCGCAAGUACGGCCAAAAAGUUGUCAAAGGAAAUCCCCAUCCUAGGAGCUAUUAUAAAUGUACAACGGCGAAUUGUACGGUCCGUAAACAUGUAGAGAGGGCUUCCACGGAUGCCAAGGCUGUCAUUACAACUUACGAAGGUAAACACAACCACGACGUCCCCGCCGCUAGAAACGGCGUCGGCUCCUCCGCAGCAGCGGCGGUAGGAACGUCGGACCACCAUCGUAUGAGAUCAAUGCCAGGGAGCAACAACAUGAGUUUCGGUAACAGUAAUAACGAUACAGGCCAAUCUCCGGUUCUUUUGAGGUUGAAAGAAGAGAAAAUCUCUAUGAACUAACUUUUUUAACCGAGGAUUUCCAAAUUGAUUUCUUCGUAUUAUAUUUGGUUUAGCCCCUUCGGUCAUAAAUUGAUUCUGAACCGGGCUAUUACUUAUUGACUUGUUGUAACAUGUGUGUGAUGUGGAUUUGUCAUUUGAGUGUGCAUGCUUAUUGACUUAAAAAAAAAUAAGAAAACAACCAUAACCAA